CACAGGGAUAUGGCUGACGAGAGGGGUGGAGGCGAAGACAACAUCAACGACAACAUGGGGAACCAGUUACAACUUUUACCAGACAAUGAGGAAGAGGAGGAGGAAGAUGACAUGGAGACUGAAGACCGAGACAGUGAGGAGGCAGAGAAGCCCAACAUUAUCACCUUUGACCCCAGUCUUCCCACAUCACAUGCAUAUCUGGGUUCAGACAUGGAGGAGUUUCACGGCCGUACAGUUCACGAUGACGACAGCUGUCAAACCAUUCCUGUGCUGCCACACACGGCUGUGAUGCUGGUGCCGGGCCAGACGCUGCCCCUCCAGCUCUUCAGGCCGCAGGAGGUCAGCAUGAUGAGGAGCGUCAUCCAGAGAGACCGCACUUUUGCUGUGCUCGCACACAGUGAUGCCGGUGAGCCAGAGCCAGAGUUUGGGACAACAGCGGAAAUCUAUGCAUACCGUGAGGAGCAGGAAUAUGGCAUUGAAACAGUCAAAGUGAAAGCUGUUGGGAGGCAGAGAUUCAAGGUCCAUGAGAUAAGAACUCAAGCAGAUGGGAUCAGACAAGCCAAGGUACAGAUUCUUCCAGAACGAAUCCUUCCAGAUCCCCUCUCUGCCGUGCAGCUAACACCCCUCACCAGGCUCCACAUGCACCCCUCCUCCAAGCCCCCGACUCAGAGCUGCAAACAAGCCCAGUGCUGGUGGAAUAACUACCAGCAGAGGAAGUUUCACUGUGCCAGUCUGACACCAUGGCCACCCUGGGUCUACGCACUCUACGACUCUGAGUCGCUCAUGAACAGAGUGAAGAAACAGCUCCACGAAUGGGACGAGAAUCUGAAGGAUGACUCUCUCCCCACGAACGUCGUAGACUUCUCCUACAGAGUGGCGGCCUGCCUGCCCAUAGACGACGCUCUGCGGCUCCAGCUGCUGAAGAUCGGCAGUGCCAUCCAGAGACUUCGCUGUGAACUGGACAUCAUGGACCGGUGCACGUCACUCUGCUGUAAGCAGUGCCAGGACACUGAAAUCACCACAAAAAAUGAGAUAUUCAGCUUGUCUCUGUACGGCCCCAUGGCUGCGUACGUCAACCCUCACGGUUACGUCCAUGAAACCCUGACUGUCUACAAAGCCAACAACCUCAACCUGGUCGGCAGGCCAUCCACACUGCAUAGCUGGUUUCCAGGGUACGCGUGGACAAUCGCUCAGUGCCGAACCUGUGGGUCUCACAUGGGUUGGAAGUUCACUGCCACCAAGAAGGACUUGUCUCCACCUCGUUUCUGGGGUCUGACCCGUUCAGCGAUGCUCCCCCGCAUUCCCCAGGGUGAGGGGGAGGAGGGGAGGGAGGGCUCUCGCCUCUUCUGCCUGUGAUGUCCGACCAUCAAC